CAGAACCGCCACACGCAGUUUUUCUUCCUUCAAUUCCAAUUCCAAACAAUUUCCCUUUCUUUCUUCUUUCUCUUCAAUUCUAACAUUCCUCUGUUAAUUUCUUCUCUGGGUUUCAAUAAUUCACUGCAAAAGCCAAAAAAGAAAGUUUUUUUUUUAUAUUAUUAUUAUCCCUAAUUGUGAAAAAAAUUCCCCUUUUAAUUGUUUUUUGCAUUAAUUUAUGUAUGAUUUUGAAAAGAUUGUUAUGCCUGUAAAAAUGGAAUUUUCUCCUCCAAUUACAAUAUUAGAAGGUGACGAUUACAACAAAGACAAUUCUUUUAAGGUUAUUCAUGAUAAUAAUGAUGAUGAGAAAUCAGAGGAUUUCAAUAAUCUAAAACCAACCCCAAUUGGUAAGCCUCCAAGGCAUGCAUCCAGUUUGAGACACUGCCUUAGCUCCACCAGAUUGAUGGUGGCUUCAUCAGAUUUGAGUGCUGAUGCUGAGGUUACUGGGAGUAAAUCAUCUUCUGAAGACAAGACAGAGUUUGUACCCAUAUUUCGGUCGGGAAGUUGUGCUGAAAGAGGACCUAAACAAUAUAUGGAAGAUGAACACAUAUGUAUAGAUGAUCUUAUUCAUCACAUAGGUUCUGCUUCCAAUAUUCCUUUUCCUGGAGCUUUCUAUGGGGUGUUUGAUGGUCACGGAGGAACAGACGCUGCUUUAUUUGUAAGAAAUAACCUUCUUAGACUCAUCGUUGAGGACUCCCAAUUUCCAACUUGUGUGGGGAAGGCAAUUACAAGUGCAUUUAUGAAAGCCGAUUAUGCAUUUGCAGAUUCCAGUUCGCUUGAUAUCUCCUCUGGCACCACGGCUUUAACUGCUCUUGUAUUUGGCAGGACCAUGUUAAUUGCAAAUGCGGGGGAUUGUCGAGCUGUACUGGGGAGACGAGGUAGAGCAAUUGAAAUGUCAAGAGACCAGAAACCAAAUUGCACUUCAGAAAGGCUAAGGAUUGAAAAACUUGGUGGAGUGGUAUAUGAUGGAUACUUGAAUGGCCAAUUAUCCGUUUCACGUGCCUUAGGAGACUGGCACAUGAAGGGUCCUAAGGGUUCUGCCUGCCCUUUGAGUUCCGAGCCAGAGUUGCAGGAAACCUUAUUGACUGAGGAUGAUGAAUUCUUGAUUAUGGGCUGUGAUGGCCUGUGGGAUGUAAUGAGUAACCAAUGUGCUGUGACCAUGGCAAGAAAAGAGUUGAUGAUACAUAAUGAUCCUCAAAGGUGUUCAAGAGAGUUGGUCAGAGAGGCUCUUAAGCGUAACUCAUGUGAUAAUUUAACUGUUAUUGUAGUAUGUUUCUCACCGGAUCCUCCUCCUAGGAUAGAGAUACCUCCUUCUCGAGUCAGGAGGAGUAUAUCAGCAGAAAGCCUCACUUUACUUAAGGGUGUAUUAGAGUGUUAGUUUAGCUCAUUAUGAUUGUUUAUGUUUAGAAAGGAUGGAUGUAUGUCUGUAUGUAUAAAAUUAUUGAUGUUGAUGUAUCUUGCUGCCUGCUGAGGGGUAUCUUUUCCCUCUGGUGCUGCUUCCAUUUAUUUCAAUCUCAAAUUAUUUGUUCAACUUGAUAAUA